AUUGGUCCGCUGAGUUCCCCCGCCAGUAAAGGAUGAAAACAGCGCCAUUAUUAAACUGCGCUUACCUUUUUGCCGUUUUUUGUAAUGAAGUUAGUUAAUUAUUGUAUAUUAAAUGAAUGUGUACUCAUUCAAGACGUGAAUUCGGUAAGCUUUUGGUAGCUGUUGUACAGAAUCGAGGUUUGAGCCGUUUGUGAGUCAAACCUUGAGCCGAUGCGGUCCGAACCAAAGGCUAACGUUAGCCGACUGCGGUAACGCCGUUUAUUUACCGCUUAAAGCUCCGCUCCGCCGGCCUCGGUAGGGAUGAGUUACCCGGUGAACCUCCAGGCUCUGCCCAGGGAAGUUUUAGAGGAAGUGUUUUCUCCGGGAAACAUGCGAGGAAGGAACUCCGUGAACUCCUUCACCCAGCUGAGUUUUCCUAAAUCCAGAUCUGCUCUGUGGGAUGGCAGCCCAGCCGGAGACAAGCUCCGCCUCCAGCUCUGCUGUCACAGGAAGCCACGUGUGGUGCUUCUGGAAAAGGCUCUUCGAUUGGCUCUGCGUCACGCCCGUCACAGCAAUAGGCCCCGCCUCCAGUGCUUCUUCCUGGGAUCAGUGUCUGUGGACCCAGAUGAGGAGGGGAUCACUGUGAAUCUGGACCGGUUCGAUCCAGGUCGGGAUCAGGGCGGCGCCGCGGGUCGGGUUCCGUCCGCCCUCCUGCCCAGAGAUGUCCCGGUUCCGUGUUUAUUCUCUGUUCAGUCGGAGGCGGCGUGUGACGUCCAAUCAGAGGCUGAGCUUCGUCAGAGCUUUAAGGCGCUGCAGCAGGCGGUGAGCAGCAGGCUGAGCCUGGAUCUGUCUCAGCUGCUGAGGAUCAGAGCUCGGGUGGCUUGCUCCCAGACGUCUGAUGCAGCGGCGCUCACCCUGAGCUGGGUGGCCGUCUGUCCCGCCGUCAGCGUGGACGUUCAGCCGGUCCGAGCCAUUCCCAUCAUUCCCACCGCCUUGUUGAGGAGUCUGACGAGCAUCGGCCACUCGCCGCAGACCGGCAGCCACCAGAGAGGGUUUCUGACCAUGGAUCACACCAGGAAGCUGGUCCUCCUGCUGGAGUCGGACCCUAAAGCCUGCAGCCUGCCACUGGUUGGACUCUGGCUGAGCGGAGUCACGCACGUCUACAACCCUCAGGUGUGGGCCCGGUGCGUCCGGUUCAUGUUUAGCUCUGCCCUCCAGGACAGGGUUCUGUCGGAGAGCGGAUGUUUCCUCCUCGUCGUGUUUGGGUCCACCCACAGGACUCCACAGUUCUUCCAGUGUCGAGGAGCCGGACCAGAACCGCAGCUGGACUUCCAGCUGCUCACCGCCUCCCAGUCGGCCUCACUCUACCAGCAGGCAGCACCGGUUCCGGGUCGGGUUCUGCAGUGCGAGCUUGGUCUGGAGGAUCUGAGCAGACAGGCGGAAGUCUUCCGAGCAUCACAGAAGUCCUUCAGCAGCUCGCCUCCCCCCGCGGUGCGGCUCUCUGACCACGACUCUGGAGUUGAGGAUGAGGACUUCUCUCCCCGCCCAUCUCCGAGGCCACACCCCCCAGCCCCACAGGCUCGCAGAGUUCAGCCGUCUGUUCCUGAACUUUCUCUGCUGGUUGACAGCUUCUCCUCCAAUCACGACCAGGCUCAGCCAUCUGGCUCCGCCCCCAGACUCUCUCCAGCCAACAGGAAGUCAUUCCGCUCCUCAUCAGCUCCGAAACCGGCUCCUCCUCACCUCCACAGCACCCCUAACUCCAACCUGCAGGAGCCGUGCACCUGCUGCCCCGCCCACACCUACAACUGCACCCCCAUUUUUCCCUCGCCCGCGCUCCCCCCUGCUGCUCCCCCUGCCUCCCAUCACCAGGCUCCGCCUCCUUCCAGCCCUGCUCCUCCUCAUCAGAACGCUCUUCCUCCAUCCGCCAACCAUCUCUCUACUCCUCCAGUCUCCUCCGCCUCCUCCCAGCAGCAGGCUCCGCCUUUUUCCAGUCAUCACUCUGUUCCUCCUUCCUCCCAUCAGCACAGCACUCCCUCUUUCCCUCUCCCGGCUCCUCUUCAUCCGAUCGCUCUUCCUCCUUCCACCAGCCAUCCCUCCACACCUCCUGCUUCUCCAGUCUCCUGUCAUCAGCAGACGGCUCCUCCAUUGAGCCAUCCCUCUGCUCCUCCCCCCUCACAUAAGCAGACACCUCCUUCAUCAUGUCAUUAUUCUGCUCCUCCUCCCCGCUCCUAUCAUCAUACUACGCGUCCUUCAAGCCCCCUCCUUGCUCCUCUUCUCCCUUCACAUUCGUACACCCCUCCUCCUUCCAGUAACGCUCCCUCUACUCCUCCUCUCCCUCCUGCCUCCACCUGCCUUGUUCCUUCAUCGUUUAGUCAUUCUCCUCCAUCAGAUCUCCCAAGUUCACCUUCCACCGCUCUCCCCCCACACCACCACACUCCUCCUCCUCCCUUCACCCUCAUCCACCCACCUGCUCCUUCCUGUCCCUGCAGCCAUGCUCCUCCUCUUCCUUUGUCUUGGUGCUGUGACUCCUCCUCCUCUCACCCCUCCCGUCUAGCAGCGGCGGACUCUGUGACCUCCCCCUGGCUCCUCCAUCCUCUCCCGGUGAAUCGCUGCUGUGAUAAAAUGGGAGGCGUCGCACCAUCAGACACCUACCAGCUCCUCCUCCAUCAGGACCGCCAGCUGCGCCUCCUGCAGGCUCAGAUCCAGAUGCUGCUGGAGGCUCAGGGGAAAGUCCCGGCGGACACGCAGACAUCCACGAGCACCGCCAGCAUCGCCGUGGAAACGGGUGCCAGUUUGUUCUGGGGAGGGAAUCCUGAGCAUCGGGAUGAGCUUCCUGGUCCUGGACCUUCAUCUAAACUUCCUCCUUCAUCCUCCUCCAGCCUGUCAUCCUCCUCACAUGACCUGUCUGUGAGGGGUCCUGCAGGAGGACCUGAGGAGGAGGAGGUCCGAAGUACGGAGGUGUCCUGCUCGGCAUCGGAUCACCACAGCAUCAGCAGGCCGCAGAGCCCGGUUCUGGGAGAGAGUGUCAGCAUGUACGGACCUCCAGAGGAGCAGCAGAGCUUCUACCAGAACCUCAUGAUUCGCCUCAACAGUCGUCUUCAGGAGGCGCACCACAACCAGGAAGCUGAGGACGAGUCCAGAAGGAGCAGUGUGUCUGCCUCCCAGUCCUCCCAGAGCAAACCGCUGCAGCAGAAGAAGAGUGCAAACGCAGACCCGGUGGUCAGAGCCACCCUCCGGCAGCUGCAGCAGCUCGGAGUGGACGUGGACCAGAAGGACCUGAUGGAGUCAAACCGGACCAGAGCCGUGGAGAACGCCAGCACCCUGGCGAGCAUCAACCCAGCGGCAGUGGUGUCCCGGCUGGUCGUGUCGGACCUGACGAGCGGCGCUCUGCUCCCCGGGGGCAGCGUGGACCUGAGCCUGGAAGCCAACGCCAUCGCUCUGAGAUACCUGACCGACUCUCAGCUCAACAAGCUGUCUCUGGGAGGCCACGCCCCUCAGCACGUCACCUCCUCCACAGACUCCCUCCUGUCUCCUAGCAACAUGUCUCUGGCCACCAGGAAGUACAUGAGGAGGUACGGUCUGAUCGAGGAGGAGGAGGAGCAAGAGGAGGAGGUCAGAGGUCAGGAGGCUCGUCAGCCGCUGAGCGACGCUCUGAAUGUUAGGCUCCUCCCACAGAGUCAGCUGAUCCGGGACCUCCGGCCCAAAAUGCAGCUUUUAACUGGCGGCACUAAACCGGACUCUGGCGAUAAGGAGAACCGGUCCGGACGGAGGAACUCUUUGGUCCGGGCGGGCGGCCGAGAGCUGGAGGGAUCGCUGGGAAACAUCCUGGACCUGAGCCGCCUCCGACAGCUUCCGAAACUCUUCUGACCCACAAGAACCAGAACCCCGGACCGGUCCGGGUCUCCAGUAGUCCCACCCGGGUUCUGAGGGACUUGCACUGGUUCUCUCUCACUUUAGUGUGUUUUUAUUUUUGCCUGAAUUUUAUGUGAAUGAUUUUUUGCACAAAUUUUUUAUUUAUAAUUUUACUAAUAAAAUCAGCUUUAAAGCACAAAGUG